UAAGCGGGGACACCUAAUGGGGGUCCUUUCUCGGUGCCAGCGUGUGCAGGACGGUGUCGCUUCCUGUCCUGGACCCGCUGUGUGCCGCUUCAUGAUUUUCUGCCGUUUCUUGGCAAAAAUGACAACCAAUGAAGCUGUUUUGAAGAGACUGGAGCAGAAAGGGACAGAGGCAGAUCAAAUUAUUGAAUAUCUUAAACAGCAAGUUGCUCUUCUAAAGGAAAAAGCAAUUUUGCAGGCAACACUGAGAGAAGAGAAAAAACUUCGAGUUGAAAAUGCUAAACUGAAGAAAGAAAUUGAAGAACUGAAACAGGAGCUGAUUCAGGCCGAAAUUCAGAAUGGAGUGAAGCAAAUACCAUGCCCAUCUUAUACUCCACUGCAAGCCAAUUCUGUGACUGCCGAAAAUGCGGAACAGUCUACACUAGUAACUGUAUUGUGUGGUACCAAAGAACAGAUAAAAAAGGGAGGAGAAGAAAAGGUGAAAGAAAAAACUGAAAAGAAAGGAGAAAAGAAGGAGAAAAAGCAGCCAUCCACAGCAGGAAGUGUUGAUUCUAAGCCAAUAGAUGCUUCUCGUCUGGAUCUUCGAAUUGGCCGCAUCAUUAAUGCCAAAAAGCACCCUGAUGCAGACACUUUGUAUGUAGAAGAAAUAGAUGUUGGAGAAACAGCCCCAAGAACAGUUGUCAGUGGCCUAGUGAAUCAUAUUCCUCUUGAACAGAUGCAAAAUCGGAUGGUGAUUUUACUUUGCAACCUGAAGCCUGCAAAGAUGAGGGGGAUCCUGUCUCAGGCAAUGGUGAUGUGUGCUAGUUCCCCGGAGAAGGUCGAAAUCCUGGCUCCUCCGGACGGGUCUGUUCCUGGAGACAGAGUCACUUUUGAUGCUUACCCUGGAGAGCCCGACAAGGAGCUAAAUCCUAAAAAGAAGAUUUGGGAGCAAAUCCAGCCUGACCUGUAUACCAGUGACGACUGUGUGGCCACAUACAAAGGUGUUCCCUUUGAGGUGAAGGGGAAGGGUGUGUGCAGGGCUCAGACCAUGGCUAAGAGUGGGAUCAAAUAAGAGCAGAUGCUGCCAUUACUGGAACAUACUGGAAACACCAAUAACAAUAAAAGAAAUAUGCUUGUCACUUCUACCUAAA